GGGAAGGGGCUGUCUGUGGGUGCCAUGUCGGGCCACGAAGGUGGCAAAAAGAUGCCCCUGAAACAGCCCAAGAAGCAGGCCAAGGAGAUGGACGAGGAAGAUAAGGCUCUCAAGCAGAAACAAAAGGAGGAGCAGAAGAAACUGGAGGAGCUGAAAGCCAAGGCCGCGGGGAAGGGGCCCCUGGCCACAGCUGGAAUUAAGAAAUCUGGCAAAAAGUAA